UGACAAUUUGCCGGGGAAGAAAGAGUCCCGAUCCCAGGCUUACCUACAGCACAAAAGUCCGCGCCCGUCAAUCCCUUGCCGUCUCAACUUACCUUCCAAGUUACGCUAUCGAUGAAGUUGUUCGCAUGAAUGUCCGGAGUUUUUCGCACCGCUAGAAAGCCGACCAAAAUCUCUAAGAAUUCGAUAUUCCGUUGGACCUACUGGCGCGAGUACACAGCUUCUGAACCAUGCUUCAAAGCAACCCUCCAGGGCAAUGGGGUCCAGGCAUUGAAGGUCCGAUUCAUAUACGAGAAGCGUGAGCAGAAAGGUCUUUGGUGGUGGGCGACCUGUGCAACCGGCUUGAGCUCCAAGCGUUUCAUUCGUCAUCACUUCGCAAAAAGGUUGCGCAAAGGGUUCGAGGUUGCGCUGGAGAAGAAAGGAUACGCAAAGAACGGCACACGAAGCAUUCAGGAUGGCAAGCCAGAGUUGACGGGGAGUCUGCAGAUGAUCGGCACCGCGAAGAUCACCGAUCCGAGAUGGAGUAACGUUCAGCAAGAGUGUGAUAACGUGCUCGACAUGAUUAUAAAACUGCAGAAUACCGACCAUCCCAUGCGUCGCGCCGAACCUUGGAAGAAAACAUUUGAUUUCUCUCCACAAGAAAAUCGCCAACCUCACGCUUACACACCUAGGAAAUUUACACCAGGAGGUAGCAAGGCAUCUCAUAAAGGAACGGCGAGGCAGCACGUUGUAGAGGGGAAGGGAACUUUUAAAAGAUGACACUCUGCGGCAGCGUGCAACUACAAAGUUCACAUCUAAUGAGUGGUAAUAUACGUAUUCCGGACGUUGGCCCAGUCUCCAAGAAUGCAAACAAUGUUGUGCUGAAAUAUGCUCAUUCAUAUCCUAGUGUCAGUGCGACUGACUGGCACAUCAACAGCUGUCGCACUUGGUAUCCAGCGAAAUUUUGUCCUCCAGCUAAAUUUUUCACAUGGUGCCGCGCACCAUAGUUCUAUCCUCAACCAGAAACGCCGUGCCGAGCAAUGUACCCAAAGCUUUCAUUGCCCCUCCCUCCUCCCGGGACCAAGAACC